CCGAUUGCUAUAGACUGAGCUCACUAUGUCCACCAUGAGGUCCUGUCUUCUGCUGUGUCUCCUUCUCCUCUGGCUUCCAGAAUCUCCAGCAAAACAAAUACAGGUCGGAAAGUUCACCUUUUUGUUGGAGACAGUGCUAAAGUUAAAGGAUUUUCUGGAUGGACAUGGAAAAGACCUGGAAGUAGCGGCCAGUGAAGCCUGUCAUAGCCCAAAACUCCCAGAUGAAUUUCAUCCAGUAUGUGUAGAGGAAGACGCUCCGGAAAUCUUCAUAAAGCUCGUACAAGCUGCUGUGGACGAAUGUGAAAUCUGUGCGAAUGCUGCCUGUCCUGGCUGCUAGCGAUCGCCAUUACAACCUCAUCUCCAAAGAUCCCUGUGCAAUAUUUCCCGGACCUCUUCUGGACUGUGACAUGGAAGAAAUCUCCUGUGGACUGUGACAUGGAAGCAUCUCGUUUCUCCAGAGCAGGCACUCUCUAGCUGCAAAUAACAGAACCUUCCAUCAUAUUCGGGUGUUUCCACAGCCAUAUCCUGCCUGAGCCAUAACCAUAUUCACCGCUGCGUGC